CGUUCAACAGCUUCAAACUGACUCAUCCUGACGCUCAACUCGGAACAAGUGUAGUGUUUUUCCCUAGUCUACUCCAGUUUAUGGACGUAGUCAAUCACUAUCACCAGCUUUGGUAACAGAUGGAGAAGGAUUGGAUCUGCGGCGCCUGUAACAUGGUGUUUCGCUCUGCUGGGUUGUUUGAGAAACAUAAAGCACUGUUCUGCAUCAGCACCGAGGUCAGUGGAGGAGGUGCAGACACAACACAGAGGAGAACACCUGAUCCAGUCACAGUAAGUUUUACAGGUUGAGGACGUCCAUGGAAAACAAUCUUCCAAACGGCUCAAAAAGGACCACAGAUAUCGACGAUUCAAAGGAGCAUAACCGUCAGCUGAGACGUCACCAUAUGGGUCACAGUGACAGACUGAAGGAGAUGAGGGAGAUGGCGACGCUCCACGAGCGCCAAGUGGCCCUGAUACAAGCUCACAACCAGGAGCUGCAGCAGCAAAGAGACGAGCUGGCCCGUCAGCUAAAUGUCCUGGGCGAGCAGAGAAACACGAGCCACCUUGAGAGUGUACGGAACGAGGAAACAUUACAACAAUUUGCUGAACACCUGCAUGCAUUACACGCGCAAAAGGUCUCUUCUGUACCUGCUGAUCAGCCGGAUGCAAGCGAGCGUAAAAAGAUGCAUCAGGACAACUCCAAGCUCGUUCCUCCCGCAGAUGGUCCUCUCUCUGCACAGAUAAAAGCUCUGCGUCAGGCAUACGUGCACUCAGGUGGGUCAGAUCCAGGCAUCAUUGCACAGAUGGUUGACCUGCAGACAGACGCCCAGAGUGUGGAGAAGAACCAAGCGACAGCAUCUGCCGAGGCCAGGAGGAAGAACCCAGAACACUGUAUCCUUGAUUCCACAAGAGAAGCCUCCCAGCGAGGAACGACUUGGGAGCUGCUGCUUCUGGAGCAGCAGAACCAGAGAUUGGAGGAGGAGAUCCUCAGGAUCCAGUGGGCCCGAGAGAGAAACCAGAACUAUGAAGCAGCUCUGAGGACUGAGCUUGAGCUGAUUCAGAGGGAGACUCUCCAGCAGGUUGAUGGUUUACAAGCAGGAGUGGGGAGAAGCAGAGGAGCUCCCAGGCCCUGUAGACAACCUCCUCCACCUGCACCUCCCCGACCACCACCGCCGCUCCAAGCCAACACUCACAUUCCAACUGCUCUUUCACUGUUCCAUGCAAGGUCCUCCUCUUCUCCAUCAGGAAGACACAUCCUGGACCCUGUGGACUCUCUGGGUCCAGCUCCCUAUGACCCAGCGGCUGGUUUCGUCAUUUUCUUUGACCUGGUUCUGGGAGUCACUGCCUCUCAGAAGGCAUUGUGUUUGGUUGCGGCUCUCUACUCAGAGGGUGUGGAAGUGGGACCACAGACUCCGCUGCCCCCUGUCAAGUGUCUCCCAGGGGUCUCCUCGGCUUACAGCCACAGCCUCACCCCAGGGAACUACGCCCUCCUCUCAGUCAAACAGCCUGUACCCAGGGUGCAGCCAUCAUCCUCCCUCUGCCUGGUGGUGGAAAUGCAGGCGGCGCACGAUCUGGACGUUCACGACCAGGACGUUCAACUGACGUCCUCUGGCUGGACAUGUGUGGAACUCUUCGAUCAGUACAAUCAGCUCCAUAGUGGCCACUGGAGGGUGCCAGUUCGCUGUCUGCCUGUUCAACCCUCACUGAACAUCACCCAACUCAAUACAAUACCACAGGUGGGCAACAUGGAGCUGUGCAUGCGUUUGGUCAACAGCCGAGACGAAGAUGUGCAGACCCUCAUGGAGCCUGACCCAAGCAGGACCAGGCACUAUAAAUAUCUAGCCGUCGUAGGUUAACUCUUCUAGAACAGUAGCAUACUUUGUGUCAGGAUGAAGUGCAACACAUGGCAUGUUUACAAAAGGCAACACCUCAAAUUCUUUGUAUAGCACUAUCGAGUUGAAAAGAUGCCUGUGCCAUUGCUUUUACUGUACUUCUACUUCUGUCACCACUUAAGGCAACUGUGCAUGGAGGUUUAGCUCAGCUAGUUUCAGCUCCACAGGGAUAAAACAAGUCUCCCCCGGCUGACCCCAAAAGACCAAGGACCAAGGAGAAGACACCUCUAAAGAGGGAGUAAAUACAAACACUUAACUCUAAAGAAUGUGGAUUUCAAGUCUUCAGGGGCAAAUAAAGAUGGUCUCAUCUUA